CACAGUUUCUGAAGGUCGGCAGUGACUGCCUACACCAGCCUCAGAUGUUGUUGUAACUUCUGUAUUCAAUCGUUACAUCCCUUUUCUACGUGGCCUAUAUCUGCAAUUACUAUCAGGCACCUGGUUGUGCCUUAACUUUGAUACUAACUUUGAUACGUUUCUGCGCACCUAAUCGGUUGAAUAUGAAGGCUUUUCUAGAGUGCAAAUACGUACGCAGUGUCUGCAGCAUGACAGUAAGGAUAGAAGAUUAACAUACAUUAUAAAACCAUCCUCCUUCGAUUGAGUGUAUAUCAAACAUCAACACAGAAGACCACUGCAGUCUCGGUGUGCACGGGCCAUUGAAUCCACUCAAUGCGCAUGCAAUCGUCUGCCGGACGUUGGCACGGUCAGUCUCUGAGAAAGGUAUAGCAAUUAUGUGGAGUUCCUACCGAAAGUGCACCGGUUGCACGAGUUUCUGCAACAUUUUCCUCGGGAUUGUGCUCAUCAUACUGUGGACGACCUGCUAUUUUUGGUGUCUGAGCCGGAUGAACUCGGAGAGCGAUCUGGCGGCGCCGCUCUGGGUCGGGGUCGUGAGUGUUCUGGUCGGCUCCUUUGGACUGCUAUCGUCAUGUCUGUACUGGAAACGUAAAUAUGAAACUCUAUUGUACGUGUUGACAUUGAUCACGACCCUUUGCAGCGGGGCGGCACUCGUCCUGUCCGUCCACGCCGCCUACAAGGAGAACCUGCUGUACCAGUCGCAAGGGCGCCCUCUGGAGGGCCUGGGCGACGGCGUGCUGGGCGUGGCGCUCUUCGGUGUCAUGGCCGCCUUAAGCUUCGCGCUCUUCCUGACCAGCGUCACGUGGGCCUGCACAUGCUUCUUCAAGCGACUCAAAGGAAAAAGGCAGGACGACGAAGACUACGAUUUAGACGAUGUGGACGCCAUGAUCUGGGAGUACCAGAAGGCGGUGGGUUUCGGCCCUGCCAGGUCAUCAUCAACCGGCACGCGGCCGUCCGGCUCCCGCAGAAACUUCUCCUCAAGCUCCAACCUUGCCAGCGAAAACGAGACGGAAACCCCUGGCCGAUCAGCACAGUUCAGCGUGCCGAGCUACUCGGCCCGCCAGGGGAACGCCGGUACGGCUCAGCGGCGCGAGGACGGUGGAGACGAUGCGGCCAGCGCCUCCACCCGCACGGCCUCGGUCGGGCCGCGCUUCGCCUCGGUGACGGCCGCCGAGCUGCGCUGGUGGGACUACUACUCCCCGCCCAAGGAGAAGGCUGGGUUCGGGGGAUUCUAGCCCAGGGCUGGACUCGGUGAUGCAGGAGGGGGACUUUGGUGGUUCUAGGAGAUAGUGUUCUGGCCACAGGAGUUGUCUUGUAAAUUAUAGGGAGGAUGUUUUAUUCGUGGGAUUGGGCAUGUCCUAACCCAUUGCCGGACCCAGAUUUGGCGGGUACAUUUAUGGCACCCUUGCAGCACAGAAUCGGAUCCCGAUUCGGAGAAAAAAAGGGACGGGGAUUGACAGGGAGGAAGACCAGCCCAUUCAAUGUGUCAAGUGUCAAUCACCCCUCCCGUGAAAAAUUCAAAAGUAGAUACUUGCCUAGACCCUUAUAUGCAAUUAAAACACCAUUAAAUGUAACAUAAUGUAGGAACUCUCAUUGUAAUUUCAAUAUUUUCAAAAUGUAAUUUCAAAAAUGUAAAGGGGACUACCUCACGAUCCUCGGUGGAUCCACCACUAUAGCCUAUAACAAUGCAACUGAAGACUGACGAGUAAACUGAACAUGUAUUUCUAUUACACGAUCGAGUGGUAAAAAAAAAGAAGCUCUGUCGCGCCGUAAAAGUGACAUUGAAGACUGAUGAAGAAGCCACUAAUUAAGCAUUUCUCCUGUUUUCUCCCAAGUUUUACAUAACAGUUAAUCAUAUGACAACUUAAACAAAAAUGUGUCAUGUUUCAACUGAAAUGCACGAAGUUUAAAUCUGUGAGGUGGGUGCGAUUGUUCAACAGGGAUACGCCUCAUUUGACCACCUGUGCGUUCAUUGUUAAUGAAUUAACAUAACAAUACACACCUCCAAGAUGGCUGCUGAGUGCAAUCGAUCUAUAUAAUUAGGAGAGUCGGCAUCAUGUGACAACGUUACUCUCUAAAUGUAUUGUGAAAAACCAACCGGAGUUGCCCCCCCGUAUGCUCUUUAAAAGAGUGGAAGUUAAUUCACUCCUUUAGAGUGGUUUUUCACUAUGGGCCAUAGCAAGAAACCACUCAAACAGAUGCAAACUUCACUAUAGAAGAGUGAAACCACGCAGCAAAAGUCGACCCCCCCCCCAUAUACUCUUCCAUGGUUUUCACUCAAGACAUUCACAUCUACAGAAAGUACGAUAUUCUGCAAACAUGUCAGAGUGAUGUCACAGAUACUAUAUGGUACACAGUGUUACAUUUUUCACAGUGUUAAUUUAACAAAUGAGCAUAGGCGUCGAAA